CGGCUGUGCCGUCCCGUCUUUUCCUCGCGGAUGUAGCCCUCGUUGCCUCGGCGGGACAGGCGAGUGGUGAUGCGGCUGAGUUUCGCGGCGGAGCGAUCUGCGCGACGACAAAGAGAUUAGACGUUAGCAGCGGCGGCAGCAGCGGCGAGGUCUCAUUACACAGGGACGCAUGUUUUAACAUGGUCGAAACAAAAGCGUGAGGAGCGGUAGGCCCGUCGUCAAAAAAGCGACACCUUCAGUUAAACCGAGUGUAGUCGUUCACAGUAACUUUUAGUUGAAUUGUAGGCUACUCGCGUGGGAAAUGGAGAAGAAAAGAUGGGAUUGCACUGCUCUCCCCAAGGGCUGGAAAAUGGAAGAAGUGACCAGAAAGUCGGGUUUGUCCGCUGGAAAAAGCGAUGUCUAUUACUUUAGUCCGUCUGGGAAGAAGUUUCGGAGCAAGCCUCAGCUGGCCCGUUACCUUGGUAACCAGAUGGACCUCAGCUCCUUCGACUUCCGUACGGGAAAGAUGCUGAUGAGCAAGCUGAACAAGAACCGCCAGAGACUGCGAUACGAUAACAACAACCAGAACAAGGGCAAACCUGACCUGAACACAUCACUGCCAGUCAGACAGACAGCCUCCAUCUUUAAACAGCCUGUUACCAAGGUUACCAACCAUCCCACCAACAAAGUGAAGACAGAUCCUCAGAAAGCCGUAGAACAGCCCAGACAGCUCUUCUGGGAGAAGAAGCUCAGUGGUCUUAGUGCUUACGACAUCGCGGAGGAACUCAUGAAAACAAUGGAGUUGCCUAAAGGCCUGCAAGGAGUUGGCCCAGGCUGCACAGACAAGACUCUCUUGUCGGCUAUCGCGAGCGCUCUCCACACCAGCGCUGCUCCCAUCACUGGUCAGCUGUCUGCUGCUGUGGAGAAGAACCCGGGUGUGUGGCUCAACACGACACAGCCGUUAUGCAAGGCUUUUAUUGUCACCGAUGAGGACAUCAGGAAACAGGAGGAGCUGGUGUACAGUGUGAGGAAAAAGCUGGAGGAGGCGCUGAUGGCUGAUAUGUUGGCCCAUGUAGAGGAGGCUGCUAACGAUGGGGAGGCUCUAAAGGACGAGGGCAACAGCAGUGAAGACAUGGAGAGCGUAUAGCACAGGGAUUUGUAAAGUCUGGUGAGGCUUGUUUAACAUCUGCACACACACACUUGACUAUGAACAGAAGGAGCCCUUCACCAGUGAAGUCCUGAAGAGCUGACCCCAAGUAUCUGCGUCCCAUUUCAACCACAACCUGACUUAGACACAAUACAACCUUAAGAAGUGAGUCACCAACACGUCCAGGCUUCAUUUAUAACAUCCUCCGGGUGGAGGACUCCAUGACUGCAGUACCCAUGAAAAGACUUAGGGUUUUUUUUUUGUUUUUUUUAAUUAAAUAAUGGCAUCAAAUGAACUUAACUUAUCGACAGUGUGUAAAAUUCUGUUUUUGGUGACAAGUGUAUUUUUUACUAAAAGUUUGAAUGGAUUUGUAGUUUUUGUGACAAUCAUGUCAAAUCCAAACAUUUUAGUCCAUGAAAACGUUCAUUUGGGUGUUUGUUUGUUUUUUGUUUGUUUGGGGGGUAAAUUUGAAAUGAAUGGUUUGUAUAUUUUGGCAUCUCUGUCUCUCUGAUUUUUACGAUGUCCUCCAUGAGUAUUUUGACUAAACAAACACUCACAGAAACCAUCUGAGGUUUUUUAGAACAUGAGGGACUUGAGUUAGUAUGAAUCAGUUUCAGGGUCAACCCGUCGGCUGCUGGUGUCACUGAUGCAGGUGUUGUAGUUUGAAGCUUGUGUACAUCUGUUUCAAGGAAAUAUGUUACAUGUCACCUAUGUUACUCUGUGAGUCAUGUUCAGUAUUGACCAAAGAGAAGGCUUGUCAUUUUCAAUGGCUGUUGUCUUUUUGUCUGUAUUUUAAAACUAAGACUUAAAAAAAAAAAAAAAAAAAAAUAAUGAACUUGAGCACAACAGAAAAGAAAUGACUUGGCGCCUCUUUCUAUUGUACAACUUGUACUGCUUUUAACUCAUCAUGUACGUAAGUGCUCACUGAUGUUGUGGAGUGCCAACUAAGGCUUUGUUUUAAGCGUGUCAAUAAUGGUAUCUCACACUUGCUGCCUCCUCGAAAAUUCCCACGCACAAAAUUGGUGAGACGGCAAAUGACAGUUCAGGUUUAGUCUUAAUGUCUUUUCAUUUAUUAUCCGAGUAAUAAUUUUUAAUUUUAUUUUGUAUCCCUGUAUUUCAGGGCUUGAUGGUGAAUAAUGUUGUUCAUCGUCAAUCGAUUCCCCUCUCAAUUAUCAGCAGGCUGAUUGCUGAAAUGAAUUUGAUUGUAUUACUUAUUAAAAUGAGUUGGUAUGUCAUUA